AUGGGCACAAUGGAAGUAAUAACCAGGCAAUGUGAAACUUUUACUAACCUAAAGAUGCUUUGCAUUAAUGCCACUUCUCAGUAUUCCAUCAAACUCUUCUAUGGAGACUCUUGCCAACGUCUACGUCAACAAUUGAGGGCAGAUAGACUCUUCAUUACUAGAGCUGCAACAUUUGAGGUGCCUAGACCUGGAGGAGCUAUUCCUCGUCAGUUGGGAAAUCUCUCCAGGUUGGUUUUGCUAGAUCUCAGCUACACCGACUUUCUCGAAGCUGAAAGUCUUAUGUGGCUUUCUUAUCUUCUUUCUUUGAAGCAUCUUGAUAUGAGCGGUUCAAAUCUCAGUCAGGCUGUAGAUUGGUUCCAAGCAAUUAAUAGCCUUCCUUCUCCGCUCAGCUUGCAUUUAAGUUAUUGCCAACUCUCUCUGGUUGUUCCUCCUUCAACCCCUUUCCAUGCCAAUCACUCCUCUGCUUCACAUGCAGACAUUGAUCUUUCUAUCAACAGUCUUCCAUCUUCCAAUGAUCCUAGGCAGUUUUUGCUCUACAGUUUUUCGCUCUACAGACCAUGGAGACAUGAUGUAGGACAUGAGGAAGUUAAUACUCUUCCGCUACGUCAAGUGGUAUCAGAGCCUACGCUCUCAGCAAAAUUUCUGAUGGCACGCGAUGAUAUUGGGAGUAGUCGUUCGACUGACGACGAUCAGCGAAUAAGGGCAAUAGCAACCGGGGUUGUUACUGCCGCCAUCAAUGACAUACGUCCACUAUUCGAUGGGGUUCCGUUACUGCAAGCUCAGCUUGAAGAGGUUCUUCAGAGAUUGGAGGCGUUGUCUCCUAAUGGCAACAGGAUAGACGACCAACGACGAGGAAGGGCAGAUGAGAUCACUCAUGGCUCGACGUCCUUGACCCGUAAUCCUGAAAACAUACCACAAUACCAAAACACACGAUCAUUACCUGUGAUGUCGUCAACAAACUGUCAAGUUAUUGAAACUGAAGAUCGGGCUCCAAGGAGAACCCAAGGUGACCGAGAUUAUAAACUCAAUGUGGAGAUGCCAACCUUCAAAGGAACACAGAACGUGGAUGAGUUUUUCUCUUGGAUCGACGAGGUUGAGACGAGAUUUGGGGUGAUGGACUGCUCGGAGGAUCGGAAACUCAAAGUAGUGGCCAAUAAACUAAGAGGAUCAGCUGCAGCUUAUUGGAAGUACUUAAAAAACAAGCGAGUGCUAGACGGAAAACCUCCGAUUGCAACAUGGGAGAAAAUGAAGAGCAAGUUCAUGAGCAAGUUCUUACCUCCUGAUUAUGAGCAACGUUUAUAUGUUCAAUUACAGAAUUGCAAACAGGGGAAUCGGACCGUGGAAGAAUACAUCGACGAGUUCAUUCGAUUAAAUUCACGAAACUUACUACCAGACAAUGAAAACAUGCAAAUCGCAAGGUUUAGAGGAGGUUUGAAACAGGACAUACAAGACCAAAUGAAGAUGCUUAAUACAUUCACACUCGGACAGGCUUUCGAUUUGGCACGAAAGGCUGAAGAGCCAAUCCGAGCACCAUCUGUACGACCCAGGUUUACAAACCAGCAGUAUCAAGCAGGACCAAGCAGAGUGACUCCCACGACUGAACCAAGCAAUGGGACCGUGGCUACUGAAAAUCGACCAAGGAGAGCUGCACCACAACAAGCACCGAACCCCUAUGCUAGACCAAUGCCCUCGCUAUGUUACCGAUGUCAUCAAUCAGGACACCGUUCGAAUCAGUGUCCGCAAAGACCUGCUGUCAACUUUGUGGAAGGUGACUAUGAAGUAGAGGGGGACGAUGAUCAUAACACAGAGGUGGUCGACGGUAUUGAGGAGUGUGAAGAGGACGAAUUUAUUGGAAUGGUGAUGCGUCAACCGUGUGAUAUUCAAAAAAAAAAAUUAGCAGCAUCAAAUCAGCACAGUUUGGUGGAAAAUCUGAAAGCAGAAAAAGGUGGGGACGAAAAAAUCAAUUACAUAGUUCAAAGGGUCUUCUUAACGCCCAAAAAGGGACCAGAGAUUUCAACUCGCCAUCAGGUUUUCCGAACCAAUGCCAUUGUCAAUGGAGUGAUAGCGAAGGUAGUAAUCGACACAGGAAGUUCUGAGAACUUAGUGUCCAAAGAACUGGUUCGAAGGUUGAAACUGACCACUGAGAAACACCCGCAGCCCUAUGGUCUACGUUGGAUUCGAAAGGUGGAAGGCGCUGCUGAUGUAGUCAAUGAAGUAUGUAGAGUACCGUUGUCAAUUGGUAAGAAUUACCAAGAUGAAAUUGUGUGUGAUGUAGUGGUGAUGGAUGCUUGCCAAAUUCUGUUAGGAAGACCAUGGCAGUACGAUGUGGACAUCGGCUUCAAAGGAAAAACCAAUACCUAUGAAUUCUGGUGGAAAGGGAAACAUAUCUUUUUGAAACCACCUAUUUUGAAAACAGGGGCACGGCAAGAGGAGGGAGAAAGUUUCCUAACCAUAGCAACAAAGCAUGUGGCUGAGGAAUGCCAAGCUUGUGCGUUACUAGCUCAAGAGGAGGAUACAACAGAGGAAACCAUACCUGAAAAGGUCCUCCCUUUAGUGACCGAAUUUUCUGAUCUGGCACCUACAGAGCUACCAAUGGGUUUGCCACCAAUGAGGGACAUACAACAUCAUAUUGAUCUGAUUCCAGGAGCCAGCUUACCAAACCUAGCACACUAUAGAAUGAGCCCCCAACAACACAAGAUAUUACAGGAUCAAGUUGAUGACUUGUUAUGCAAAGGAUAUAUCCAGGAGAGCAAGAGCCCGUGUGCAGUACCGGCAUUACUAGUACCCAAGAAAGAUGGCACCUGGCGAAUGUGUAUCGACAGCCGAGCAAUCAAUAGAAUCACCAUCCGUUACCGACAUCCAAUACCCACUAUCCAAGACAUGAUCGAUCAAUUGGGAGGGGCAAAAGUGUUCUCCAAAAUCGAUCUACGAAGCGGGUACCAUCAAAUUCGAAUUAGACCUGGGGAUGAGUGGAAAACUGCGUUCAAAACACGCGAAGGGCUGUACGAAUGGACCGUGAUGCCGUUCGGUCUCUCCAACGCUCCAAGCACUUUUAUGAGACUCAUGAAUCAAGUGCUGAGACCGUUCUCAUGCAAAUUUGUCGUCGUUUACUUCGACGAUAUUCUUAUUUACAGCCCUGAUGAGGAGACACACUUGAGACACCUGAGGGAAGUGCUGAUAGUCCUGCGGAAAAAUCACUUGUACGUGAACAAAAAGAAAUGUAACUUCUUGCAAGACCGGCUGGUCUUCUUGGGGUUUGUCGUGGGAAAGGAUGGGGUUCAAGUGGAUGAGACCAAGGUUAAGGCCAUUCGUGAAUGGCCGACCCCUGCAACUGUAGCAGACGUGCGAAACUUCCAUGGGUUAGCAACAUUCUACCGAAGGUUCAUUCGAAACUUCAGCAGCUUGGCAGCACCAUUGACCGAGUGCAAAAAAAAAGGUGGUUUCCGUUGGGAAGAAGAGCAAGAAACUAGUUUCGCUAUACUGAAAGAGAAACUAAGCACGGCACCCGUCCUCGCGUUACCAGAUUUUGACAAAUUAUUCGAGGUUGAUUGUGAUGCUUCAGGGAAGGGAAUUGGGGCCGUGUUAUCCCAAGAGGGCAGACCGGUGGAAUUCUUUAGUGAAAAAUUAAGCGCUGCAAGGCUGCGAUGGACAACUUACGAGAAAGAAUUUUACGCUGUCUUUCGAGCUCUCAUGCAUUGGCAACAUUACUUGAUCCAAAAAGAAUUCGUGUUGUACAGUGAUCAUCAAGCUCUGAAAUUCAUCAACAACCAACACCACAUGAACAAUAUGCAUGCCCGCUAG